UUUAAGUACAAAUUAGUCCUAAAUUGUCUUCUUCACGCAUAGAACACCAAUCAAGCUAACACAAAGCAUAUUACGUAUGGGAAGAGAAUGACAAGUUCGAGAUGGAGAGUAUAAGGACACUGAACCACCACAGCCAUACCAAAACAGCGCUCAGAAAAAGCUUCACUCCCGUCAUCAAUGGCUUCCUCUUUCCGCUAACCUUAACAAUCCCGAACAAACCAAAACUAUUCUCUUCCCUGCGUCUCUCGGUGGGGUCCUCUUUGUCCGGACAAAACAGUUCCACAGAGCACACGACCCUUCUCGUGGAGACAUUCCAUGAGCACCGCAAGUUCAAGACUUUGCUCAAGAGGCUAAGCAAGAAUGAUUCGUGCCCUAUGAGAUUGCUCAGAGAGGAUGGGGAUUGGUGUAAAGAGCAUUUCUGGGCUGUCGUUAGAUUCCUCAGACAUGGUUCGAGAACCAAGGAGAUUGUUCAGGUGUUUGAUCUGUGGAAGAAUAUUGAGAAAUCACGAAUUAAUGAAUUGAAUUACUGCAAGAUAAUUAAAAUGCUAGGUGAAGAGGGCCUGAUGGAAGAAGCAGUGUUGUCAUUUGAAGAAAUGAAGAGCUGCGGUCUUAGUCCUACUCUUGAGGUCUACAAUUCAAUGAUUCAUGGGUUUUCUCAGAAAGGGGAUUUUGAUGAUGCUUUAGUUUACCUUAAUGAGAUGAGAGAACAGAAUGUGGUACCAGAAACUGAUACUUAUGAAGGGCUUAUUGAAGCUUAUGCAAAAUACGAGAUGUAUGAUGAGAUAGGACUGUGCUUAAAGAAGAUGAAAUUGAAUGGCUGCCCACCCGACCACAUUACUUAUAAUUUGCUCAUGAGGAAGUUUUCAAAAGGUGGAUUGCUCAAAAGAAUGGAGAGUGUAUACCACACCAUGAUUUCGAAGAGAAUGUAUUUGCAAUCGUCCACUUUGGUGGCGAUGCUUGAGACUUAUGCAAGAUUUGGGAUCUUGGACAAGAUGGAGAAAUUUUACAUGAGAACUUUGAAAACGAAAACCCCUUUAGGUGAGGAUUUGAUCAGGAAACUGGCUGAGGUAUAUAUUGACAAUUACUUGUUCUCCAGAUUAGAGACCUUAGGAGUUGACCUGUCUACAACAUUUGGUGAGACCGACCUUCUAUGGUGUCUGCGUCUUCUUUCGCAUGCUUUUCUUUUUAGUCGAAAAGGUAUGGAUUUCGUUAUUCAAGAAAUGGAAAGAGCACACAUCCCGUGGAAUGUUACGUUUGCAAAUAUUAUCUUGUUAACUCACUUGAAGAUGAAAGAUUUCACGCACUUGAGGAUUUCUCUCUCCCAAUUAACUCAUUCUGUAGAACCGGAUAUUGUAACUGUUGGAAUUCUGUUUGAUGCAAUUGGUAUGGGUUUUGAUGGGACUCGGACUCUAGAAACAUGGAAAAGGAUGGACUUCUUUUACAAAGCCGUGGAAAUGAACACCGAUCCUGUGGUUAUUACCGCAUUUGGAAAGGGGAAUUUCCUUCAAAAUUGUGAGCGGGCAUACUCCUCUCUUGAGUCUGAAGUAAGGGAAACAAAGUCAUGGACUUACAAUAACCUCGUUGAUUUGGUUUUUAAACACAAGGGAAGUGAUUGCCAACAGGAGUCCAAACCAAGAUAUAAAAAAGGUAUAUGCUAGCUUGUUGAGAACUUUUGUAUUCAAAUUGUCAACACUCUUCCCUGUUCCUGGAAGUGCUACUUCUUUUGUAUGAAUUACUCAUCUGGUCUCAUCAUGGUUAGAUUUAAACUACAAAUCAUUACGUGCUUCAGGCACCCUUUAGACUGAUUUUUCCUGCUGGUAUUGUAUGUCGAGGAAAUCCCGUCUUUGCAACUAACAUUUCAAUUUGGU